CGCAUUGUGAAUUUCUAUGUUUGGAACAUAGAUAAUGUAAACAAGAUGGAGGCGUUUCUGACAGCAAACACUUCUUCAUAGGCAAUCGAUGACACCGGUAAAUGAGCAUACAAGACAACAUUCUGAUCAGCACCUCAACUUGGUGAACCAACCCCCACACCUCCACUGGAAGCCUCCUGAGGACCUCUGCUGCCUCUCAACUGCUGCUACAGGGGUAUUUGUUGCGAAAAAGAGGCAACUGCACUGAAAGAGAAUCUAUGUUCAGCUCAGCGUACUGAUCUAGAGACUCAUCCAACUCCCCCGAACUUUUGUCAGCUGCUAGAUGGCUUGGAAUAUUUGCACAGCCAGGGAAUAGUUCACAAAUAUAUUAAACCAGGGAAUCUACUGCUGUCGACGGGUGGUGCACUAAAGAUCUCUGACCUGGGUGUAGCGGAGGAAUGCUUGAGUAUGACCCUGAGAAGAGGUUCUCAAUACAACACAUUAGACUACACAAUUACAGCUGGGUGAUGAAGAAACACCCUGCCAUGGAGCCUCUGGUGCCAAUGCCCCCCAGUACUGACGGGAGAGAUGCGUGGCGUAGCAUGACUGUACUGCCUUACCUGGAGCACCUGCACGGCUACACCGACCAGGAUGAUGAUGAACUCUUCGACGGAGCUGGAGACAUCUACUCUCAGGGUUUCACUAUGCCAGGACGGGUGCAUGAGGACGGGCUGGAGCAGAACGGGUACCAGGGGGGGUGUGUGGGGCCGGGGCUGGGGCUCAGGACCCUGUGUGUGAACGGCACAGACACAGAGACAGACCAGGACCACUACCCAACCACCAGCAGAACCAGGUCCCAAUCAGAACGCCUCUCCAGCUCCUCCUCCAACCCCUCACGCAAAGGAGUGUCCACCUACAGCCGCAUCCGCAAGCUGUCCAACUGUAAGCAGCAGUGAGAGCAGCCCCCGAGUCCCCCAGCCCUGAACACACACUGGACAGGUGAGGAUAAGGAGUAGUAAUUACAGGACACCUGUACAAUGUUGUGGUCUAAAUCUAAUUAUAAAUUGGGUGGUUUGAGCCCUGAAUGCUGAUUGGUUGACAACCGUGGUAUAUCAGAGCGUAUACCACAGGUGUGACAAAACAUUUCUUGUUACUGCUCUAAUUACAUUGGUAAC